UAAAUGUUGCUAUACUAGUCUGUCUAGUAAGCUGAAAGUUUAUCGAUAACUUACCCCAAUUUCCCAUCACUAUCGGGAAACACGGAAUCUUUAGUACUAGGGGUCGCUUCGUAGCGAGUGAACGUUUACCGGAAAAUGUGGAAAAUCUCAUAAAAAAUACAAUUUUCCUCAACAUUUUAAUAGACAGAAGUGAUUUGUGUGUUAUUUUGUGACAAUCUCUGUGUCUGUGUCGGGAUGCAAACGUAACGAAAUACCGGUGAGGCAGUGUGCCACAGAGAGGGAUAGAUGCUAAGACAAUCAUGGCGUCGUGGUUAUUCAUCGCGGCCAUAUUUGCAGCUGCAAACGCACAGAGUAAUAGAAAUGAUGGGCCGCGGUUUUUGUCUAGAGGACAUUCAUUCAGAACUGUGGUAGGAGACACACUUCUGUUGCCGUGUCAAGUACAAAAUUUAGGUUCGCUGGUUCUACUAUGGAGGCGAGGCCCUGCUGUGCUGACGGCAGCCAGUCUCAUGGUCACCAGAGAUGAGAGGUUCCGUCUUGUUGAUGGCUACAAUCUUCAGAUCACUGAUGUGGGGCCACAGGAUGCUGGUGACUACGUCUGUCAGAUCUCAGACCGUGUAGCGCGAGACCAGGUCCACACAGUCGAGGUACUGGUCCCUCCCAGUGUGAGACCCUCACCGGAGUCCCGACAUGCCGCCGCCAGACGUGGUGGUGCUGCGGUAUUGGAGUGUAGAGCGUCUGGGAAUCCUGUGCCUACUGUUACCUGGCAUAAGCUGAAUGACACAAGUACUCGGCUCGGUGAGGGGCCACAACUUCAGUUGUCGCGGUUGGAGCGUCAACACAGCGGACGUUACGCGUGUACCGUUGAUAAUGGCGUUGGACCGCCAAUUGUUACUGAGUUCCAGCUGCAGGUGCUAUUUCCCCCUGAGAUCACAGUGGAAAGAUCGUGGGUUCAUACGGGAGAGGGGUUCAGAGCUGAACUCCUGUGUACGGUGCUGGCCGACCCUCCGGCUGAGGUACUGUGGUAUCAAAACUCUUUUCCACUGUCUGCUAGUGAGAGAGUCACCAUGUCGGUCCGCGGAAAUAACCAUACCCUACUCAUUGCUAACGUUCAACCAGAAGACUUUGGGAACUACACCUGUGUAGCAGACAACAGCCUGGGUCGAGCCCGGCAACAUGUAGAAGUGUCAGGUCGACCUGGUCCCGCCAGAUUCACGUCCCCUCCCCUGGCGAGAGCACCGACGUCCUAUACCCUGGCUUUUGCUGUGGACAGCUAUCCUCCUUUGGAUGAGCUGCGACUCCUGUACCGUCAGCUCGCUAUCAACGAGUCCUUCCAGCAGCCAGGUCGUUGGCACGAUGUGGUUAUUCCAGCUCCUGAGCCCACAGGGUCCCUGACACACCGCGUCUCCCAUGAGCUGAAGGGACUGGAGCCAGGUGCGGUGUACGAAGCUAUUGUUCAGGCCAAGAAUCGAUAUGGGUGGAAUGAGGUAAGCGACAUCUUCCAAUUCCACACACUGGGUGGGGCUCACUCGGUACACGCGAAUGAGCUCUCACCUAUGUUCUCGUCGGCAUCUCAAAUACGACUGACGUUUUCGCUGCUAGUUUGUUCCCUUUACGCCUUCGGAUGACUAGCCAUAGACAACACCAAUUUUGACAUUUCCGUUCGUUAUUCUCGCAGAAUAACUUUUAUACCUGAAUUGUAAUUUUGAUAUUUUAUAUUAAAUGUAUAUUUUGUUUUAAGUCUAGGUAAUUUCGAUUAUAUGGAUAUAGAGUUUGAGGAAUUUCUUACUAUAUCCAUGUAAUAUGUAGAAAUAAUUAUCGUAAAACGAUAACUACUGUAACACCAAAGUAUCUAAGGUAGAAGUUUCUAUGUCUGUCAUGGUUUUGAUAAAACAUUUUCACACAUUUACAUCAUAUAACAAGGCUUUAGUGAUUUAACAUGAUUCUAGCAACGGUUAAACAUCAAUAUUCCUUAAAAUUACAAAUUUCCGUUUACAAAAACAUGACAGAUACAAUUUCUAAGCGUUGUGAUUAAGCCAGUUAAUUUUAUUUAAAUCCAGAGUUCGUAAUUUUUCCUUACAUUUCAGACAGAUUUACUUAUUUGACCAAUUUUGUAUGUUUGUAAAUCGGCCUAUUAAGUUUUGUAUAUAGAAUAAUUUUUCUCAUUAUAUAAAAUAAAUUCUAGUGGCCCUAGUGUUACUCCUUGGUAGACCAUGUUUUUAUUUAUGUACUUUCAUAAAAUUUUGAUAUUCUCGACAUAAGCGUUAGACUAUAGAUAAUGUUUUUUUAAUAAUAAAAUAUUCAAAAUUGUCGGUGAAUUUAAGAAUUCGAACAAGGCGUUGUCUCAUUCUUAUAAGUGUCUCUCGACAACACAUAGUAUUACUUUUCAAACAUCACAUCCAUAUGAAUGAAUUUAUAUCUAGACAUAUUUAAUGUAAGCAAUAAAAGUGUUAGUGAUAGUGUCGCUAAUCUAGACUUAGGCUAAAGGCAAGUUGUCUAUAUUUGCUUAUGAAGUUCCGUGAUUGGCUAGUAUUUCUAUAUUAUUUAGUAAAUCAUUGAUCUACUACAACGUCGUUGCAUAGGGCUCUUCUGAUAGUUGAAUAUAUUUAAUAUUCAGAAUCAUGACUUUGUGCUUAGUAUGACUUAUGUCAAAAACGUAAUAGAUUUUGAUUUAUCGUAGUCAUAAUCAUAGAUAACGUGACAAGUCAAAUAUCGUGACACCUAGUAUCCCGUGCAGAUUGUCUUGUCAUUGUCAAUAGAUUCUAUAAAAAAAAAUAGCCAAUGCUUCCCUAAAAUAUAAUGAGUCGCUACUUUGAUCGUUUCACUUAAAAUAUACGCCACUACUGUAAUAACAUUAAUCUAUUAAUAGUGGUCAUUUUGUUCUAAAUUUGUUCGUGAAUUGAUUUAACGUUUUGACCAACUCUCACAUGUAUUAAUCAUUAUGUAGGUUCAUAAGCAAAUAAGAUAAACUUGCCAAUUAAAAAUAACAUAUUUCGCAAGCUCUUGUAAAUAUUUUUCAAUACAGUCAUAAAAUGUGUUUUUUUUAUGUAAAGCUAUUCAUUUUUAAAAUUACUCUUUUUACCGACCAUCUCUACAAGCCGGGUAGCAAAAUUUUAAUAGUGAAGAUAAUUGUUUCAAUAAUUAAAGUACAUUAUUAAUACGGCGUAACUUGUCUAGCCCUUGUCAUACAUCCAAUGACAAAACUGAAAAAUAUUUAAACGUCAAUCUACUUUUGACGGCUUUUUUAUUAUUAUUAUUAUUAUUAUAUUAUUACAUUCCAGCUGUUCCUUUCAUCCACUACGUAACAAAAAAAGACGGCAAUAGUUUUAAGCGGCAAAUACUAUUCAUUUAAUUCUUUUUAUCGUAGUGUUUAAAUUUUUCCUUUAAAUAUUAAUAUUACCUUACACUGUAUGUGUGCAAUAUUUAUUUUAAGUCCUAAAAGCAA